AUGUCUCUCGCUCUCAAGUUCACUUCGCUGGCCAUCCGCACCCUCUCCAAACCUAUAGCUAAUCUCAUAAAACGACAAGCCCGUGAACAUGAAGGCUUUCGCCGAACUUGCAUUUCCUUCGCCCAGACCCUCCACCGAAUUGACAUGCGAUGGCGGAUAGGUCUUCUACAAGAUGCCGCAGCUGUGGAAAGACAAGUUGCAAAAGAGGCUGCUGCUGAAGCCGCCAAAAAGCACAAGCAUCCCAAUAUCCCCACGGUCAAAACAGAAGCCCAAAUGAAAGCGGAAAUGGAAGAAGCAGCGAAAGCCGCCAAAGAGGCGUCCGAACCUCCAAAGCCCCGUCCGAAGCCCAAGAUCAGACCCCUUUCUGAAGCCAAAGCCAUCGAGACUGGUGCCAAUUUCAUCAGCGAAACUUUCCUCUUCAGUGUCGCUGCGGGCUUGAUAUUGUUCGAACAAUGGCGAUCUCGUCGCAAAGAAACCAAUCGCAGGGAUGAUGUGGCGGAGAGACUGAAUGACUUGGAAGAGUCGGAGAAGGCUGCACGAAGGGCACUGGUGGAACUGGAGAGGGAAGUUUUACGCUUACGGGCAAAAGAAAAGAACGGGAAACAGAACCCUGCCGUGCGAAUACUACCGAAGGAGAUAUAUGAGGAAGACAAAGAGGAGGAAAAAGAGGAGAAACCGAGCGGUUGGUUCUCCCGUAUUACCUCUUUGGUGUCACGAGAUAAGGGCGAUGAGGACGCUAAAGAGGCGCUGGAGAAGAAUAAGCCAGGCCCGGCAGAAAAGAUUCUGGCCGAGUCUGAAAAGGCUCGAGGUGAAAAAGCAUAA